GCUCCUGCUGCGUCUGGGGCUGUGCGCGGUGCACGUCGCAGUUAGGGCGUCCGAGGCGGGGAGGCGCCGACCGCCAGCAUGUCGCUGCCUCCGGAGAAAGCCUCGGAGCUGAAGCAGCUCAUCCAGCAACAGUUGAGCAAGAUGGAUGUCCAUGGCAAAAUAAGGGAAAUUCUGGCGGAGACGAUACGGGAAGAAUUGGCACCUGAUCAACAACAUUUAUCAACAGAAGAUUUGAUCAAAGCCCUUAGACGUCGAGGAAUUAUUGACGAUGUGAUGAAAGAACUUAAUUUUGUUACUGACAAUGUUGAUCAAGAACUUCCUUCCUCUCCAAAACAACCUGCUGGUUUUGAUAAACAAUCAACGUUAAAAAAAACUACCAUUGAUCCGACACGGAGGUAUCUUUACCUUCAGGUCUUGGGCGGAAGAGCUUUCUUGGAGCAUCUGCAGGAGCCCGAGCCUUCACCAGGGCAAGUCUGCUCGACUUUUACCCUAUGCUUGCAUUACCGGAACCAGCGCUUUCGCUCUAAACCCGUUCCAUGUGCCUGUGAACCAGACUUUCAUGAUGGCUUUCUGCUUGAAGUACACAGAGAAAACCUAGGUGAUGGAACUAGAAUGGCUGAUUCAACAACAAUGUUAUCAAUAAGUGAUCCAAUUCAUAUGGUACUAAUCAAAACAGACAUAUUUGGUGAGACUACUUUAGUAGCAUCCUAUUUUCUGGAAUGGAGAUCAGUUUUGGGCUCAGAAAAUGGAAUGUCCAGUCUGACUGUGGAACUUAUGGGUGUAGGUAUGAUGAUUAGUGUGUGUCACUGUUACCUUUUUAUAAGCACAAUUUUAAAUGUACUUUAUAUUUUCAAAGUGGCUGUAUAAGCCAAGAGAGAAAAAUGUAAAAUAGAGUUUCAUUGGAAUU